CACGAAUCCUCACAACUCAGCCAGCCGCACCGCCCCCGCUCCCUCCCAAGAAUCCCCACCGCAGUCCCCCGGCAGCCCCCGCGCGGCUCCGAUGGCCCGCACGAAGCAGACGGCGCGCAAGUCGACGGGCGGCAAGGCGCCGCGGAAGCAGCUGGCCACCAAGGCGGCGCGCAAGUCGGCGCCGGCCACCGGCGGCGUGAAGAAGCCGCACCGGUUCCGCCCGGGCACCGUCGCGCUGCGCGAGAUCCGCAAGUACCAGAAGAGCACGGAGCUGCUCAUCCGCAAGCUCCCCUUCCAGCGCCUGGUGCGGGAGAUCGCGCAGGACUUCAAGACGGACCUCCGGUUCCAGAGCUCCGCCGUGUCGGCGCUGCAGGAGGCCGCCGAGGCGUACCUGGUGGGGCUGUUCGAGGACACCAACCUCUGCGCCAUCCACGCCAAGCGCGUCACCAUCAUGCCCAAGGACAUCCAGCUCGCUCGCCGCAUCCGUGGGGAGCGCGCCUAGGCCUCUCUGCCUCUGCGUCACGCCUGCCGCCGCGGUUCCUUCCUGGUUGAUCCCGCCGACGGAUUUGUUCUGCCCUGUUAGUCUAGUCUCGUCGUGCUUCGAGUUGUCAUUAGAAUUUGUUCUGUUCUAUUAGUCUCACGCUGUUGAUUACCCGCUCGAAAAUUGCAACGGAGGUGAUGCAAUUCAUCUUAA